AUGCGCUUCCUUUGUCUCCACGGCGCAGGUACCAACGCCGAAAUCUUCGAGAUCCAAUCCGGUGGAAUCUCCUACGACCUCGGUAAAUAUGGCCAUACGUUUAAAUACUACGAUGGCUGCAUGGAAGCCGAAGUUGAGCCUCAGCUAAAAGGCCUCUUUACUGGCCCCUUCUACAACCACUAUCCUCGUGACCGGGCACCGGGCGAAUAUCUCGCCCCCGCAAUGAAGCACGUUUACGAUAUCAUCGAGCGUGAGGGUCCUUUCGACGCCGUCAUGGGAUUCUCGCAAGGUGCUGCCCUGGCAUGCGCUAUGAUUGUACACCAUGCAAAGACGCAUCAAGAGCCUCUGUUCAAGGUCGCCGUGUUUAUCUGCGGUGCUGCGCCGUUUGACAGCACGGGGAAUGAGAUCAUCCCUGACACUUCAGCUGAGGGCGAGUAUCCGGUCAAGAUCCCCACGGCGAAUAUUGUGGGAAAGCAGGAUGAGCUGUAUCCCUCUAGCAUGCAUUUGUCCAGGCUGUGUGAGCCGAGUAAAAUGAGUUUCCAUGAUCACGGCUCAAAGCAUAUGGUGCCGUUUGAUGUGGAGAACACUAAUGCUAUGGUGGCUGCUAUUGAGGCUGCGGUUCAGAAGGCUUUGAGGGGAGAGUAA